GUAUAGUGUAGACUGCAAAUAUGUAAUACAGAAUACUCAAAUAGUAAAUUAAAAAUAAUAUUAACUACAAAUAUAAUUUUGUAGUUAUUAUAAUAGUUGUAGUUAUUAUAAUUGCUUAUUUAUAAUAGCAAUGAGGCGUGAGUGGAAGACUUCGAUGUUCAUUUAGUAUUUUAUUUGCAAUUUACUUUUGUAUUAAAGGAAAAGAUGAUGCUAUGUUUAUCCCGGGUUACACGUUUAGUCCGAUUACUAACAAAUACAUCUUCAAAAUAUCGGUGUAAAUCAGAGGAUGUUUCAGGGUCCUUUGAAAGCAGAAUUAAGACAGGACCAGGGUUAAAAGAUUUUAUUCUAACAUCUGAAACUGAAAUUGAUACACAUCCACCAUACAUACCUUAUUUGCCUGAUUUUAUUCAGGAUACAUCAAAACGAAAAGUUUUCUUCGAUGUAUAUGGAUGUCAGAUGAAUUUAAACGAUACUGAAAUUGUUUGGUCUGUUUUGAAGAAAGAGGGGUUUGAAAAAACUGUUGUCGAAGAGGAAGCUGAUAUAUUCCUUGUAAUGACGUGUGCUAUCCGAGAAGGAGCUGAGACAAAAAUUUGGCACCGAUUGGAUCAUUUAAGAGGUUUUAAAAGAAGACGAGCUCUAUCUAAAAAUAGAGAUAGACCUGUAAAGAUUGGCAUUUUAGGUUGUAUGGCUGAAAGGCUAAAAGAGAAGUUAAUUGAGAAAGAAAAGGCUGUUGAUGUUGUGGCAGGCCCUGAUAGCUACAGGGACUUACCAAGACUUCUAGCACUUACAGAAAAUGGGCAGACGGCUGUAAAUGUACUGCUUUCUCUUGAUGAAACAUAUGCUGAUGUUGUUCCAGUUCGAUUAAACAAAGAUAGUGUGUCAGCAUUUAUUUCAAUAAUGCGUGGUUGUGAUAACAUGUGUACAUACUGUAUUGUUCCUUUCACAAGAGGUCGAGAAAGGUCUCGGCCCAUUGAUUCCAUUGUAGAAGAAGUUAGACAACUGUCAGAACAAGGAGUAAAGGAGGUGACUCUUUUGGGCCAAAAUGUGAACAGUUAUAGAGACACCACUCAGCAGACAGAAAAAUAUGAAACACAAUUGGCUCAAGGUUUCAAAACAGUCUACAAAAGUAAGAAAGGAGGGCUACGCUUUGCAGAUUUGUUAGACAAAGUUUCAGCUGUGGACUCCGAGAUGAGGAUAAGGUUCACUGCAGCUCAUCCCAAAGAUUUUCCUGAUGAGGUGUUACAAGUGAUACGAGAGCGUCCAAACAUAUGUAAGAUGUUGCAUCUUCCAGCUCAGUCUGGUUCCAGCAGUGUGCUGGAGCGAAUGAGACGAGGAUACACGAGGGAGGCUUAUCUUUCCUUAGUGAGACAUGUCCGGGAUAAUAUACAGGGUGUGGGCCUCUCGACGGACAUGAUCUGUGGCUUCUGUGGUGAAACUGAUGAGGAGUUCGAAGAAACCUUAACGCUCAUGGAAGAAGUGGCUUAUAAUGUCGCCUUCCUCUUUCCCUACAGCAUGAGAGAGAAAACGGCCGCUCACCGUCGAUACAAAGACGACGUUCCGGAACAAAUAAAGAAAGCCCGCCAUUACAGGAUGGUCGAACUCUAUCGGCGGAAGUGUGAGGAAAUCAACAGAAAGGAAAUCGGCAACCACCACCUCGUCUUGGUCGAAGGGAUCGCCCCCAAGUCGGGGAAAAUAUUGGGCAGAAACGAAUUUUACCUCAAAGUGUUGUUUGAUCAGAAAGAAAUCCCGGCGAGUGAGGGUAGGAGGCAGGUGAAACCGGGGGAUUACGUCAGUGUUAGAAUAAAUGAGGCUAGAGCGUCGGUUUUCCACGGAGAAGCCCUUUGUCAUAGCAGUAUUGAGGAGUUUUAUAGGCACACGAGUUGGGCAGAGAGACGGAACAUGUAAUUUCUACGAAUCUAAAGUGGAACACCUGUAUAUUAUAGGUACAUUUGUACUGUAAUAUCAAGAAAUGUAUACUAUAGGUAAAAAUCUUUGUAAAAAUUCCAGCAUUAGUACAAAGUGGAACAAACUAGGCAAAAUGAAUCUUCUUUAUGAGCAAAGUAGUCAAUUGAGUAACUUUCUGUGUCAUUUAGUGUUGAAAAUGUUUUGUUGCAGGCGUUGUUAGAUCCCUGACCUUUAGAUUGAGAAUCUUUCGCAAUAAUUGUUGAUUUUAUAUUUUUUUGUCAUUGCAAGAUACCCCAAGUUGAACAAAUAAAUAACGAUUAUAAUAAAAGUUCUCAUAGAAUGUUAAAAUUCAGUUUAGUCAUUUUGUAGAUAGGUGUACAGAUGUACAUUGAAGUAGUCUAAUUGUUUGAAAUGUAAAUAAAAUAAAAUCUAUUACAAA